AUGUUCAUUUUCUUUGGCUAUCGUCUAUAUUCAUAUCCGGUCGUCUUCUAUUUUCUUCUCUAUUUUCUUCUUGACCUCGAUGAUGUUAUUGUCUAUGCGCAAGGUGCAGCAGCUGGUGGAUUCUUUGCUCAGAUCAAUGAUGUACACAUCGGUGGCACAUAUUACACACUGCUCGCAUCUCUAACCAAUGCUGGUCAAGCUGUGUCCUCCAGUCUCGUUCUCUAUACUGCCAAUUGGUUUCCCACAGAACAGGCCUAUUUCAUUGAAGUAGGUAUUUAUCUUAUGCUGGGCUUGGCUUGGUUUACUGUUGCAUGGCAAACCAUGCACCAACUCCAAGCAUUAUCCGUUGAUGAUUGGCAUUUAACAACUUAUAAAAGAACACUCAAUGAAAAUCAUCAUGAUUAUAAGAUAACGACAAUUGACAGUAAUAAACAGGAAUCGCCUACAAUCACCACUGAUAUAGAAUGUUCAAGUUGGUUGUAG